AAAGUUUAAACUUCCAAAGAAUUAAGUCACCAACCAGGCAACUACCACGUAAUAAAUUCUCUUCCUUGCAUUUAUGAUUAAAGCACAAAAAUUAGAUUGAUCUGUAAUGACUAGCCUAUACUUCUUUCCUCAUUGCUUCUUGAGGUUCCUCCAAAAUCAAAGUAUUCUUUCUUCGAGUUGUUGCAUGAUGAAGAGUUUCCAACGAUGUGCUCUCCUAGUGAGGACCUUGUCAGUCUUCGUCUUCUUCAUCCCGGUUACAAUCUCCGUUCCAUUCAUCCUUUUACACGGGAUUCGAGAUCAAUGCUCCAAUGGUGGAACGAUUAGCUUCACACAGCUCCUUAGCAACCUCUCAAGCUCCCCUGGCUCUUGCUUAGAAAUAGGAAAUGGGGAACAAGAUUCCGUGUCCAUGCCGCUUACGCAACAAGCGAGAAUAGCGUGUGAGAAAGUGAAACAGAUGAAAGAGUUGAGUCAAGGUUACAACAUUGUUGCACAGUCUCAAGGUAACUUAGUCGCUAGAGGCCUAAUUGAGUUCUGUGACAAUGCUCCUCCUGUCCUCAACUAUGUCUCCUUAGGAGGUCCUCACGCUGGCAUAGCCAACAUCCCCAAGUGUACUUCUCCAGUUUGUCAGCUACUGAGAACAGAUGUCUACAGCGACUAUGUUCAGGAUCAUAUUGCUCCAAGUGGUUAUAUCAAACUCCCUAAUGAGAUGUCAAAGUACCUGGAACACUCCAAGUAUCUGCCAAAGCUCAACAACGAGAGACCUACCGAGAGGAACUCCAUUUAUAAAGAACGUUUCACCAGCUUGCACAACUUGGUCCUUGUCAUGUUUCAGGGUGAUAAAGUAGUGAUGCCUAAAGAAAGUUGUUGGUUCGGAUAUUACCCUGAUGGAGCUACAACACCACUUUUGCCUCCUCAACAGACGAAGCUCUAUACUGAGGAUUGGAUUGGUCUGAAAACAUUGGAUGCUGCUGGAAAAGUGAAGUUUGUUAGUGUCCCUGGAGAGCACCUUCAGAUGGCGCAUGAUGACGUUGUAAAGCACGUCGUGCCUUACCUCCAGAACCAUCCUAGUUUCUUUCUUAAUGCAGACUCGACUAAAAUUUAAUGGAAGACGGCACUCCAUACACUGAUUAUAAAUAAUUUUCAACAGGUGCGAAAACUAUUCCAACAGGUACUAUAUGACUAAGCCGGCACUCCAUACACUGAAUGUAUUUAAAUCCUUUAUAUAAUAGGAUGUAUACGAUGUUUUCUUCAAAUAUCCAAAUAUUUUUAAAUUAUUACAUUCUAUUGGA